AUGCCUCUCGUCAACACCACCGAAGUCAACGAGGACACUCGUGUCCUCGGCUACGACCCUCUCCUCCAGCCUCAGUUCCUCCAGAGCGAGAUCCCCGCGCCCCAGCGCGCCGUCGAAACCGUCCGUCAAGGCCGCAAUGAAGCCGUUGAGAUCAUCGAGCAGCGCGACGACCGUCUCCUCGUCGUCGUGGGCCCCUGCUCCAUCCACGACCCCGACACUGCCCUUGAAUACGCCCGCCGCCUGAAAGAACUCUCCACCAAGCUCUCCAAGGAUCUGUGCAUCAUCAUGCGCGCCUACCUCGAGAAGCCCCGCACAACCGUCGGCUGGAAGGGUCUGAUCAACGAUCCCGACAUCGACGAGUCCUACAACAUCAAUAAGGGCCUGCGCGUCUCCCGCAAGCUCUACGUCGACCUGACCAGCACCGGCCUGCCCAUCGCCUCCGAAAUGCUCGACACCAUUUCUCCCCAGUACAUGGCUGACCUGAUCUCCCUCGGCGCCAUCGGCGCCCGCACCACCGAGUCCCAACUCCACCGCGAGCUGGCCUCCGGCCUCUCCUUCCCUAUCGGCUACAAAAACGGUACCGACGGCAACCUGACCGUCGCUAUCGACGCCAUUGGCGCCGCCGCCCACCCGCACCGCUUCCUCGGUGUCACCAAGCAGGGUCUGGCGGCCAUCACCAAGACGGCCGGUAACGAGCACGGCUUUGUCAUCCUGCGCGGCGGCAACAAGGGCACAAACUACGACCGGGACAGCAUCCGCGGUGCGCGCGAGGCUCUGCGCGCUAAGAAGCAGCGCGAGGUCCUCAUGAUCGACUGCUCGCACGGUAACUCCAAGAAGAACCAUCUCAACCAGCCGCUCGUCGCGAAGGAGGUCUCGGACCAGCUGCGCGAGGGUGAGACCGGUAUCGUGGGUGUGAUGAUCGAGUCGAAUAUCUACGAGGGUAACCAGAAGGUUCCGCCUGAGGGUCCUUCGCACCUGCUGAAGGGUGUCUCUAUCACUGAUGCUUGCAUUAACUGGGAGAUGACUGUGGACACUCUCAAUGAUCUGGCGGAUGGUGUUCGUGCUCGUCGGGCGAUUCUCAAGUCCAAGACGAAUGGCGCUAAUGGCUCGCACUAA